AAUCCAUUCUUCUUCAUCACAGUUUCACAUUAACAAUGGUAGUCGAAGCUCAUCAGCUUUUUCUUCCAAAACCCCCUUUCUCUUCUCCUUCUUUCCCUUCUCCACCACCCCAUUUUUCUUCUUUCCUUUUUCACCCUUCUUCUCUCUCUUUAGCUCUCUUCCAUUCCGAUUCUUCUAUCUCCCUCUACUCUUCUUUCUCUCCUUUCUCUAUCUCUUCCUUUCCUCCUCCGCAAACCACCCUCCCUCCGCCCAUAUCCGCUGCCGCUUUCCUCCUCCUACGGAACCCUAAUCCGAUCACCCUCUUUCUCAUCUCAUCUCCUAUUUCAGGAGGCUCCGCAGUUCUGCUCCGUUUCUAUAUCCUUAAUUCUGCGAGGAAGUCUUUUACUCCGGCGAAAGUUGUAUGCAAUCACAGUGAUUUCAAGUUUGAUGAGAGUAAAUUCGGGGUGGUUUUUGGGGUUUCUCAUGGGGUCUCGGUGAAAUUGGUUGCGGAUGUUAAUGUAUUUGCGUUGUACUCUAUUUCGAAUGGUAAAGUUUGGGUUUUUGCUGUGAAACACCUGGGGGGUGAGGAGCUGAAAUUAAUGAAGUAUGCGGUGAUUGAUUGUUCUCUGCCGGUGUUUUCCAUUAGUGUAUCUUUUGGGGUCCUGAUUUUGGGGGAAGAUAAUGGGGUCAGGGUUUUCCCCCUGCGGCCAUUGGUCAAAGGAAGAGUUAAGAAAGAGAGGGGUGCGAAUAAGAAAAGUUUGAAUGGUGGGUUAGAAAAAGAUAAGAUGGAGAUUAAAAAGCUACCUUUACGAAAUGGGAUGAUUCAUGGUAUUAAUGCUGAGAUUAGUGCUGCUGAUGGUAGCAAAUUGAUGGAACUGAAGUUUCCUUCCAAUGGUGUAUUGGAUGAAAGGGUCGAGAACCGCACUGAAUCAGCAAAGUUAAGGUCUGUGAGACUCAGACAAGAUUCCAGAGAGGGUAUUGCAAACUUUGUGGCAUUCAAGAACAAGGAUGAUAAUUUUGAAUCGAUCAAGAUACCGGUUAAGUCAGCAAAAUCUAUUUGCAUUCAGGCCUUAUCUUCAACCAGGUUUCUGAUCUUGGACUCUGAAGGAAAUCUUCACCUCUUGUUCCUUGCAACUUCUGUUCAUGGAUCGGAGACUCCUUAUAGCAUGAAACAGUUGACUCACAACAUGAAAGUUCGAAAGCUCACUGUUCUUCCGGAUUCUUCUACAAGAGCACAAACUGUUUGGAUAUCAGAUGCACUUCAUACUGUACACAUGAUUGCGGUGACUGACAUGGAUGCAUCUGUUAAUCAAACUGACUGCAAAGACGCUGCAGAGAAGCUUGUACAGACUUCAGUUGUGCAAGCAAUAUUUUCCAGUGAAAAGGUCCAAGAAAUUGCAGCUUUGUCUGCGAAUACAAUAUUGCUUCUUGGACAAGGAAGCAUGUUUGCAUAUGCAAUUUCCUAGAGAUGCUGAGUGGUUUUUUGUGGUUAGUGUGUCCUCCCCUUCAUCAACAUUUUUGUUCUACAUACAUUGGAUUCUCUGACAAGUAAAUUUCUUAUGGGUGUCAGCCAGAAAUUUUCUAUAAUGAUUCUUUCCGCAAGAUAUUUUAGAUGAGCAUCUUUUCACAUCAAUAUCAAAUUAUUUUGUUUCCUCGUGGGAAGAAAUAUUUCAUGCUUUUUUCUUCAUCUGAAAACACUUAAGAGUAUA